UCUCAGUCCUAGGCAGCAGGCAGAGCACACAGACUGAGCUGUCUGUGUGGCAAUGAUGGAUACAAGCUAAUCGUCCGACGUUGACGGUCUACGAAAGCUGUUAGAAUAUAAAACGAGGUGUCACUCCAUAUAUCGCCUCACGGAUUUGGCUCUGAUUUCUGACAGGCAGACAUAUCCGUUGGUAGACAGCAAUGGGUGGGCUGGGGAACGGGCGUCGUGGAGGAAGGUCACCGCCUCUUAUGAUUGCCGCUCUGAUCGCCUGUAUCUUGGUUCUGGGCUUUAACUACUGGGUGUCCAGCUCCCGCAACCUGGAGCUUCAGACUAAACUGUAUGAGCUGGAGGGCCAGGUGCGACGUGGAGCAGCAGAGCGAGGAGCAGACGAGUUGAAGAAGAAGGAGUUCGAGCAGGAGAUCCAGAAACAAAAGGAUCAGAUCAGCAACAUACAAAGUCUCUAUAAGAGACAGUUGGAGGGAGCUGAGAACACCUGCAGCCAACACAAGGCCACACUGCAGCAGAACAUUUCCUCCAGUGCAAAAACCAUACAGGAGCUCAAAGGUCAGCUGAAUCGGCUGAAUGAUGCUCUGGGGAAACUUGAGAAAGAUCUGCAGAGUUGCCAAGGCAACAUCAACACCCUUAAUAACAAACUUAUGUAUGACAUGACCCAGUGUAACGCCCAGGUGCUGUCCCAGAAAGAGCUGUGCGAUGAGAGAGUGGCUGCCGCUAAACUUGAAGCUGACAAGAAAAUGCAGAAGCUCAUCCAUACACCUGUCUCCUCACAGCAGGAAAAUGUUGAAGGAGUGGAAAUCAACAAAUCAGUCAAGGCCCUGUCUGAUGGAAUUCCAGCAACUGCUUCAAGCCAAACACCAAGUCUCUCUCAACUGAAAGGAAAUAAAGUUCAUGAACUACUGACAAAUGAAAUCAUGGUGGAUAUAGUUCCCAGCGCUCCAGUGGAGCAGCCUACAUCAAAGGAUCUCUCCAAAGCAGGGCCAAAGUCUGUUCCCUCAGCUGCUGCAUUGAAACAGGAAGACAAACAGCCACAAGAGGGAGCUGACAAAGCAGAUGAGGUGGAAGGAGAGACUGGUAAACUUGUGGAGAAUAAUCUGACUGAAGACAAAGAGAAUGAGGCGAUGAAUGCUCAUGAAGAAGAUCCUCAGAUAGAAGAAGCAGACCCUGGAAUGGAAGGGAUGCUGAUUGGUCGAGGAAAGGCUGAUGAAACUCAAGAUGGUCAGAAACUUCAGGAACCAGAAGAGUACGACGCAGAUGAACAAGUCGUGGGCGGAGAAGAUUUAGAAAAACCACAGGAGAACAAACAGGAUGAAAAUAUAGUAGACAAGGUCAUGGAGGAUGAACUGGCUGACUACAAUGGAGAUGAUGAGAAUGAAGGGGAGUUUGAAGCAGACAAACAAGCUGAGCUAGCUCAAAACUAAGGGCACAGCUUGAGAAGGAUGCUGGAUAUCAGAUUGGGCAAACAGGAUCUGCUUUACAUCUAAGCCAACAAUGCUGUACUGGUUCAAGCAGCUCGGGGGAAAAUAAACAUCAAAUAGAAGUCACUGUACAAAAAACUGGUUAAAAGUAGCUUCCUGGAUGAUCUUUCUUUUAUCAUUUAGUUUGAUAUUUUCUUAUCAUCUACUAUGUAACUCAAGAUGUCUCAAGACUGUCGACUUGGAAAAACUGAAUACCUGGAAUGCAAACAUUGUAAUGACGUGUUGACUUUCACUGUUUGUCUAGUUUUCAGUGGUUUUAAGGUUUUAAAAGCUGCAACAAGUUUAAAGAUCUGAGUAAUUUCUGUGACAGAGUCGCUCCAUCUGGCCGCCACUCUACAAGAUUCAACAGCACGUUGAACAAAGCCUUAACUCACUCAUAGAAAUUAUUUUGACUUCCGGGUCAGAGGUCAAGAUAUGCUAAUAGUUAUGUUAGUUCUAAAGCGCCAUUAUCAAACUGUUCAGAGCUGCAUUUUCAAUCACAGCGUGUGAUAAUGUCAAACGUGUGCAGUGUUUUUAGUUGAGUUUUAAAUUAUAAUGAAAUGGAAUAGCUGGAAAAUGCUGACAUGUAGUACAUUCUUUACCUGAUCAUAGGUUAACAUUUUGACCGUCUUUGGUCUGCGGGGCUAAAUGGACUGUGCAUAUGUCUGUAAGUGGGAGGGGGGGGUCUGACAAUUGCUGUUACAUUAUGAAGGGCAUUUCCUUGGAGCAGGGAUGGCACCUCAAGCUUUAUUUCUCCUGCACUAAUUUGAAAGCAGUUAGGCAAAUGUCAAGUAAUGUUAGCUAGAUGUCAGGUGUAAUUAUAUGCAGAUUAUUUUCUGCCUUUUGCUUUAUGCCGGUUCGUCUGCGCUCUGCUCUCUGUAGGAAAAAUUGACUAAAGAGCUGCAAUUAUAGGCAGUGUUAGAAGUGUAAUCACUGUAAUUUUCAUAACACCGUGAUUAUCAUUGCAAGUAUCCCGACGCGUGCAGUACAAAUUUCUCUUCCUAGGCUACUUUUCAUUUGCCAAUUUGAAUUGUUUUUUUCUUUGGGUGGUUAAAGUACAGUAGGUUUCUAACGCAGUGACAUUCAUCUGCCUGGUGUGACGAUGGGUUUGACUGCUGGUGUUAUUCAACCCACAGAAACUUCUAUUUUCAAUUCAAGCACCUAAAAUGUCCUGUACCAUCAUUUUGUUCUGUUGAUUUUAAAGCACGCGAUCUGUCUUUUGGUAGAAAGUGUGCAGCCGCCAAAUAAAUGUGGUCUUCACUUUACACUUAAACGCAUUAGCUUCAGUGCAGAAGCACAGACAGAAUAUAUGUAGAGGAAUGUAUUAGUUGUGGAUGUUUCUCAAGCUCUGAAGCACACACAGGUAAACUAAAAGCUUCUUGGAUACAAAAACAUUGUUCAGGUGUCAUAGAUGGAGUUUGUCUACUGUAUAAUUUUCUGUCUAAAAUCAGUUACGUGAUUUCUUGAAAUGACUGAAAUGUUAAAAAAAUGUUGUGUCAUUGUGAAAUUCUUGACCUAAUAAGAAGUUGCAGAGCCUGGGAAGCAACUGUUCAUUUCAAAUUCUAGUUUAAGUAGCUUUGUUCCUUUUAGCAACACGGACUAAGAGAUGAUAGUCGAUAGGCAGCAGCACUGUCUCAUCCUUGAACAUCAGUCAACAUCACUCCUGCAGCAGCACUCCUCAAAACUAAUCAAUGCAAUUUUGCUGCCUUGUUGUCUCCCUUUUGGCCCGUCUGCAGGGAACUUAUGUUACAGAUUUAUUUUUUUUGUGAUUGUGUUAUUUUGUUUAUGUUUUUUAUUGUUUGUGUCAGUGUCUAACUUUGCAAUCCUUGAUAACUACUGCAUUGUUUUCAGGAAGUUUUGUUUACUGAACUCAAAAGUAUGUGUAGCCCGAGACAGAAUGUUUUAUGAUUUUUAUUAAUUAGAUUAACUUUUAUUAAAAUUUGAUUUGUUGAAAUUUGCAUUUUA